AGGGGAAAAGAUUGACGAAUAUGGCAGACAGAGGAAUAUUCUUGUAUCCAUUUAGAAGAUUCCAAGAAUGGUCAAGAUCAACGGCUCUGAUUGAUUGGAUGGAAUCAAACAACUCUCAUAUCUUCAAGAUCAAUGUUCCUGGUUACAACAAAGAAGACAUAAAAGUGCAGAUUGAAGAAGGGAAUGUUUUGAGUAUAAGAGGAGAAGGAAUAAAGGAAGAGAAGAAAGAGAAUUUGGUGUGGCAUGUGGCGGAGAGAGAAGCUUUUUCCGGUGGAGGUGAGUUUUUGCGGCGGAUUGAGUUGCCGGAGAAUGUGAAAGUCGACCAAGUUAAAGCUUACGUGGAGAAUGGUGUUCUUACUGUUGUUGUUCCUAAGGACACGUCAUCGAAAUCGUCUAAAGUUAGGAAUGUUAAUAUUACUAGCAAGCUUUGAUGUCUUAACCGAAAUAAACCGGGUUUUGGUUUUCUUAAGAUGAAUAAAAAUUGGACUUGUGUACUUCAUAAAUCCAAUAAAGUUUGUAAUAUUUC